AUGGCGUCAUCAAUCUUUUACAAUACCCCAUCGGGGACAUCACGAAUGCACAACUUCGGGCAAGAUGAGAUCGACUACGGCUUCCAGCCAACCUGGGCAACCGUCCCCGUGCAAGCGGCCUUCGACACGUCGCCAGGCACCGGCGCCCGCCGCGACCAGCUGCUAGGAAUUACACGAAAACCCAUCUGGCAGGAAGCAGAAGAGAAAGAGAAGGAGAGAGAGCUCUUUAAUCAGGAGCAGCUGGACAUGACAGCGACCGAGAGCUUUGCGUUGGCGACUAUGGCUACAGCGUUCCAUGCGACGAGUGGUGUUGCAAGGAUCGUUGGCACGACGUUUGUGUUUGCUGGAAAGGUCUUGUGGGCUGUUGGUGACGGCGUAAAGAACAUCAUCAGUAAGAGGAUUAGUCAAGCGGGGUUGACACCGAUGGAAAGGAAAAUUAGGAUGAAAUCCAGGAAGAAGCCGGUAGUUAAAAAGAGGGUUAAAAAUACGGAGACAACUGGGAUGCAGAGUAUGCUGGCUAUGCCGCCGCAUAUGGUCGGGGCUACUCCGAGAAUUGUUCGUAAUCAGCGUCGCACUAUCCGCCAUCCAGCACAAGCACCCAAAUUUUCAUCACCAGCUGCUGUUAAAACUCGCCGCCGUAAGAUGCCAAAUACACCAGCCUUAAAGCGUAAGGUCAGAUUUGAGGACGACUCGAGCACCCCCGCCGAUACGCGCGCAAAUAACGCCCCCAAUACCCCAGCAUUUGUAUUCAAUACUCCCAAGGAAAAGAAAAAACAGAUGACCAAAAAAGACGAGUUUAAGAUGAACUUCAAAAAAGAUAUAUUUCAGCCAUGGGUUGAUUAUCUCCACAAAUAUGGAUGGUCACGUGGCGCAUUUAGGGCCGCUUUGGCGAACUAUGAACUCCCUACAGAUAUUAUUAGUCAGCUAUACGAUAUGCGUGAUACGAACCCAAAGGCGUGGGACACUCUUAUCGAAGCUCACACUCACGACGGAUUUAUUGAAAGACUCAAGCUCUGUGUUCCGGCUGUUGUAUACCCUGAACCUAUUGACUGGGAGGCCAUGAGCGCCAGAGGAGGCCCAAAAGUUUCUUCCGAGAGUCGUCUGCAGCAAAAGGACGGAAAGUGCGUGCUCUGUCGAGGCAUGUCAUGGGCUGGGAAGGUUUAUACCAGAGAAAUUGCCGAAGGAGAAGAUGUACCAUGUCUGAGCCACCAUAAAUCUGUUAUCCCAUAUACUCAAGCAGAACUUAAAGAAAUCACACCUACUAGCAGCGACCCAGUAUUUAGAAGGUGGUGCCAGGAAUCACGCUGGGACUGGCUUUUUAGCGACCCACCAGCUAGCGGUCUUAACGAUGACGAGACCCCCUGGAAGAUUCCUAAUGACGACCCGAGACUUCGCCAUGUUGCCCGCCUUGGUGAUCCUGAGAAUCUGGAGCAUCCUACUGAAGCUAUGAGGAUGUUGAUCUUUACCAGAUUGCAGGAGAAGUAUACUGCUCAAGAUCUAGCUGCCAAAAGGUUCAUUGAUGGUAUCCAAACCGCCGGUAAUCUCAUCCUCGCUGAAAAACUCAAGAAAAUGGAUCUCGAACGGAAGCGCCAGCAGGUCGACCAAAAAUGGCUCUGCGUCCGCCAAGUCAAGGUCGUUGUCAAGGAAAAAGAAAGCAUUCUCCGCCAUGGCCGCAAGCGCACCGCCGCUGAUGCCGAUGUCGAGGAGAAUAACGCAAAGAAAGCACGCAGCGACGCCGCUGCUCCAGUAUUUCGCAAGAUCGCCAGUGUCCGCAAAUCGUCCAUAAGGCCCCCUGCUAACACUAACACUAAUGCUAUCAAAAGCCCCUUCCUCUUCGAGAAGCCAUUAUUUACUAUACCAGCUCCCUUUGACCCCGUCGAAAUCAAAAAGAUCAGGCUUAUCCCACCUGUACAGGAGAAACUGACUGAUCCCGACACACUUUUCAAGCGGCGAUACGAAGAGUCAACACGAUUCUCACCGAAGCCACAGAAAACCGUCAGCUUUAGCGCCUCCACUGCCGCACCCGAUGAAGAAGAAGAGCCAUUGUCGAAAGAGGAGCUCGAAGCAAUCGCCUACAAUGAGGAAUGCGAACGCCAAGAACGGUUAAAGCAGCUGCGUCUCCAGGAAGAAGAAUUCUGUAGGAAGGAACGCGAAGAGGAUGCCGAGAGGCGCAAGAACAACCCUAGUACUAACAGCAAAGAAAAUGCGGAGGGCAGAACAACUUCAGGCGGCAUCGAAUUCAACUCCAGCGGGAGGCUAGGCGCGCGCGCUGGUAUAAGGAAAUAA